AUGAUGGCCAACUCAAUGGACACGGUAAACUCGAAUCAACCCACACAAAAUGGUAGUAAAUUACAACCAUGCCACAACGAAUCUAAAACCAACUUAAUAGUGAAUUACUUGCCACAAACAAUGACUCAGGAAGAGAUAAGAUCAUUGUUCUCUAGUGUGGGUGAAGUGGAAAGUUGUAAAUUGAUCAGAGACAAAGUGACGGUAUUUCCGGACCAUAUACUUAAUGGUCAGAGUUUAGGCUAUGCAUUUGUCAACUAUCACAAAGCUGAGGAUGCCGAGAAGGCAGUUAACACUCUGAACGGACUGCGCUUACAAAAUAAGAUAAUUAAAGUGUCUUAUGCCCGUCCCAGCUCAGAUGCAAUUAAAGGAGCCAACCUCUAUGUAUCAGGCCUGCCCAAACACAUGACGCAACAAGAAUUAGAGAAACUCUUCAGUCCUUACGGCUCUAUCAUCAGCUCUCGCAUUCUUCAUGAGAAUGUGAACGUAGGGCACUUGAUGCAAGGUGGUUUAGAAGACCAGGGUUUGCAAGGACCAUCCAGAGGUGUAGCCUUUAUUCGCUACGACCAGAGAUGUGAAGCAGAGGCAGCUAUCCGUGAGCUCAAUGGAACAGUUCCUCCGGGGGGUACAGGGCCUAUGACAGUUAAGUGUGCAAACAACCCCAGCAAUCAAAACAAAGCUUUAGCUCCUUUGGCAGCAUACUUGGCUCCGGCAUCUGCUCGUCGCUUUAUAGGACCAGCUGGUGGAUCAGGAUGGUGUAUUUUUGUUUACAACAUUGGCGCUGACACUGAAGAGAGCAUCCUUUGGCAAUUAUUUGGUCCCUUUGGUGCAGUACAGAGUGUUAAAAUCAUCAGAGAUCCAGCUACCAACAAAUGCAAAGGCUAUGGUUUUGUAACCAUGACAAAUUAUGAUGAGGCCGUUGUGGCUAUACAGUCAUUAAAUGGCUACUCACAUAAUGGUCAAGUACUGCAGGUCAGCUUCAAAACGAACAAGAGUAAAUCUUAA